AAAGCCAAAGUGUGCUGCAAGAGCGGGUAACGCGUGCAGUGUUCGGUCGACGCUUGAUUACGAGAGUACUAGACAAGCCCAUAGUCAUCAUUCGCUGUUGGUUCGUCAGACUUCGCAGUCGUGUGUCCGCACAAUCCCUCGAUUUUGCCGUACUCACAACACUUAUAGAUUUCGACUUGAACACGAGACCCACCAAGUACCGACUGUUGUAGACAACAGAGUCGGGUGGAGGGCUUCAGUUUUAAGAAGUGCGUGCUCAUCGAUCCCGAACGCCGACAUUUCGUUUUCUAAGUUCAUUUGAAAAGUGAUUUUUUUCUGCGUGUGUCAUGAUCUCGGUGCUGUUCUAUCCGGCCGAUUGAAAUUGACUAGAGUGUGUUUAGUUUCAUUUUAGGCUUGCCAACAUCCCGAAUUCUACGAGUCGUGAAUUCAGCGGCCGAAUAAUCACGAGAAAUUGAAUUUCUAUCACGUUACAACUACCCCCCUUGCAAUGAGUUCCUAUCAGUUCGUCAAUUCGCUAGCGUCGUCGUGUUACGUGGGACGCGGGUCGUCCGUCGGUGCCGCCGGACCGGAUCUUACGGGCAUGUCGGCCGCCGACUAUUACGCCACGGCAAUGAGCAAUUACCAAAACUGCUACGGCGGUGGGCCGGUAGCUGUUGGACAGCCUCAACAGCAACCGCAUUACGCUGAUUUCGGUGCUAAUCACUUGGUCGGUCAACAUCAGCAACAUCAGCAGCAACAGCAGCAGAGUCAUCCGCAACACGCCAUGCCCAUGUCGCCAAUGUCCAACGGCGGCGUCGAUUUUACCAUGUCGCAAGCGUUGCAUGUUGCCCAACAACCGAUGCAACAACAGCAACAACAACAGCAAAAUAGACUGCAGCAACAAUCGGUUCUCCAGCAACAACAACAAAUGCGGGGCCCUUCCGCCCAGCGCCAUCACUCCGUCGCAAGUCCCGUCAAUUUAGGCGGAGGUGCCGUCGUGACGCCGAGUAGCUGUAAAUACGCCGGAGUGCCGGACACAAAGUGUUUGGGAUCGCCUCAAGAUCUGAGUUUGACAACAACGACGUCUUCGUCAUCAUCUUCAUCGUCCAACGCCCUUUCUCACUUAAACGCGGCCGUUCAAAACAGUCUAGCCGGCGGUGUGCUACCGCUGGCAUCGUCAAACUCAUCUGUGCCCGUCGCAUCUUCCUCAUCGUCGUCCACAUCUGUCACACAGCCAUCGUCCAAGCAUCACCAUCAUCACAACAAUCACCAACAUGACGGUUCCUCUGGCAAAUCGAAACAGAGCCAGCAACGUAGCAGCCACCAUCAUCAUCAUCAUAGCAAGAACCCAUCGAAUGUGGUAGCUGUUGGAGCGUCGUCGCCCUCUUCCGUCUCGUCCGUUUCGUCCGGAGAUAGUGAUCCGCACAGCCCCGGCCAGCACGACGGCGAUUCGAAAAAUCCCAACGCGCCGCAAAUCUAUCCCUGGAUGAAACGCGUCCACCUCGGCCAAAACGCAGUCAACGCCAAUGGUGAGACGAAACGCCAGAGGACGUCCUACACCCGCUACCAGACUCUGGAACUGGAGAAAGAGUUCCACUUCAAUCGCUACCUGACGCGGAGGAGGCGGAUCGAGAUUGCGCACAGUCUUUGCCUGUCGGAGCGGCAAAUCAAGAUCUGGUUCCAGAACCGGCGCAUGAAAUGGAAGAAGGAGCACAAGAUCGCCACCAUGAAUAUGAUGCACCAGCACCCCAUGAUGUACCACGCGCACCAUCACCAUCAUCAUUUAACGAUGGCCGACUUGACUGGUGAUCACAAGAUAUAGCUAGCGCAGGACGGGUUCUACCCUACUAGUGCACCUAUAGGACCCGGCGACUACUACCAAUACGGAUCGUCAGCAGCCUCUACCCAAUAAAGGAUGGAUGCAGAAUGAGAGAGUCGGAUCAUUAAGAAAAGAUAUAGAUUUAAAAAAAAAGAAGAAACGGUCGACAUGGGUCGAGGCGCUAAAGACUCUCCAAGUACAACUUAAGUCCUUUUGCCGUUUGCUGCAAAACAUUUUUCGCACGACUUAAUGUACAAAAAUUUAAAGAAAAGCGUCAUAGUUGACAAGAUAGAAAAAAGAAAAGAACGCUUCAUUACGUAUGCGUAGAUAUUGCCGUUCCUUGUUGAGAUUUUCGAUCGAGAUCAGAACGAAACUGGAGGACAGAGCGCAAAAGGAAACCUUUUUUUUUCAUCCCUCAAUGAUCCACCCGUGAGUUUGAAGUGCGGGUUGAACGAUAUUAUACAUACAUAGACCUUUUGUUGUUGUUCCUCCUCCAUGUCGUCAUCUUCUCUCUUUUACUGCCCAUUUAUACAGUAGCCUGCGGUGUAAAAAUACCGGUAUGUGAAUGUGUGUGAGGGUCAAUCGCAAAGUUUCUUCUUUUCCAUUAUUUAUUAUUACCAUGUCAUGCAGAUGGAUGUGUAUAGUAGACGUAAUUUUGGGGGGGAAGUCGAAAAAGAAUCUGACGGGAAUAUGCCUGGACUUUAUAUCGGGAAUGUUUACUAAUUCAGCGUUCCCGACGGGCAUUUUCACGAUACUAGAUCAAAUUAGAGAAAAAAAAAACCGAAAACGGGGAAAGCAAAAAAUGACAUAAGAAUGCACGGACAGAGCAUAAAAAGUGAAACACAAAAACGUGUUGCCAUGGAAACCGAACCAGCUGUGCGGCCCAUUCAAGCCACACAUACCCUCAGACUUUCGCACUCGUUUUCCUGUUCGCCUCAUCUUUUUUCACUGUUUCUAUUUUUUUUUCUCGCUAUUGAUUGUUCUUACUACACACACGGACACAACAAACCGAUGCGGCAGGCGACCUUUUACACUAGUUUCACCUGUUUUUUUAUAUUUUAUUUCGCUAUUAUAUAUAGAGUACAUACACUUAAAACACACUGGCUGUGCUGCUCUUUUCGCGUUCGGUUUCUCAAACUGAAAUUGACACAACCUCCCAGCUCCCUUUUUUUCUUUUUUUACAAUUGUGACCGUCGAUUUCUGUUUGGUUUCUUUUGCGUUUGAUUACCGUGUGUUGAAUAUCGUGCACCGUUGUACGCCGUAUUAUUAUUACUAUUAUAUAGUUGUUUCCCUUUCGAAGUUCUUUUCGUUUUUUUUUUAGUCCAUGAUUUUUUGGUGACCUCAGACUUCUAUGAGAAUCAUCCUACACAAGAAAAACAAAAACAAAACGAAAAAAAAAAGAAAAAAACGCAAAACUCAUUUGCACCUGUAUUGUUUUUUGUUGGUUCAAUUCGUCUCUUCUUUCCCCAGCUAUUUUGGUGUGUUCUUUUGUUUCGUGUUGUCCAUUCUAUUUCCCGAGAAAAAUUUAUUUCAAUACUAUGUGUGUAUGUGUGUGUACGUAUUCAUUUGAGCGCUGUUUUAUUGCCCCAUAAUAAUUAAUUCUAAUUAUAAUAAUAA